AUUUUGUCCACGACAAUGACCAUUCCUCAAGAGAGGAGGGGAUCCGGCCAAGUUCGCCGAGGAUCCGUUCCCAUGGAUCGAAGGAACUCGGGAGCCGGCAAUCUACCCCCGACAUCACCCGAAGAAUCCACGCCAUUGAAGCCGCGUGGCAAAGAGUCCAAGUUUGUGGCCAAGCCUCAAGACAAGUUCUCCGGCAAUGAGAAGGAGAAUGUCUUCGUCCAACUGGAAGUGUUUGGCGACCCUGUGCCCAAAGUCGAAUGGUUCAAGGGCUUUAAAGACCUGUCCAUGGAAGGUCAACGCUUCAAAACAUGGACGGAUGGAGAGACGAACACCGCCAUUUUGGGGAUUGAGAACCUCAAACAAGAGGACGAAGGCUCCUACAAGUGCGUGCUCAACAAUGGCGGAGGCGAAGUGGAACACGAAUUCAACAUCUACGUUACGGUCGAGGGAGGAAUGGAUUUCCGUGCCAUGUUGAUGAAGCGCAAGAAGCCACAGAAGAAAGUCGUUGUGGAAAAAUAUGAAUGGAUUGAGGAACCCGUGGAUCGUAAAGUGAAACAAGGCGCUUGCGAUGAAGUCUCAUUCACGGCGAAACUGUCCCACAAAGGCAAGAAAGCCAAGUGGUACGUCCGGAAUCAGGAAUCCCUCAAGAUCAAAACCCCCAUAAAAAACGAAAACGGCGUGGAAUGCUACAAGGGCGCCAAGUACGCAUUCGUCGUCGAUGACGACGUAUUUACCCUUAUUAUCAAGAAUCCUGAGGUCAACGAUGCUGGUCGCUAUUCGUGUGUAAUCCGAGAGUGCAAUGACCUCACCACAAGAGCCUCUUUAGAGGUUGACUCACCGGAUCCGCAAUACGGCUUCGAAAAGAAGUUGGACAAGAAGAAACACGGCAAGACCAAGCGAAAGCUGAAGCUCAAGUGUAAGACCGACAAUCCUGACACCAAAGUCAAGUGGUACAAGAAUGGCAAGGAGAUCAAGCUAUCGGACACCAAGUUCCUUAUCAAGAAUGAGGCUGGCGAGCAAACCCUGGAGAUCAAGGAGGCCGAACUGGAAGACUCCGGCACUUACACGUGUAAAAUUGAGGAGUUUGGCAAAGAGGGCGAAUCCGAAACCUCUUGCGAAGUUGUUAUUGGAGAAUUCCCACACAAGUUCACGAGUGAACUCAAACCCAAAGAAUGUGUUGAAGAUGAUCAGGUUGUGUUCUCCAUUGAUUGUGAACAAGAAGAUGCUGAGGUUGAAUGGAUGAAGGAUGGCGUACCAAUCAUUCCAGACGGCAAAAGGGUGCAAAUUGUCAAAGAUGGCAAGAAGCGCAAGCUCAUCAUCAAUGGAUGCAAACUGGAGGAUGCUGGAAAUAUCGCAGUCAAAACAAAUGCCGACGAAAGCAGUGCUGAUCUCGGUGUGAAAUAUAACAAUGGUUUCGUCAAGGGCAUGCGCGAGUUCAAACAAUGCGUUGAGCGCGAGAAGAUCAUCUUCAACUGUGAAGUCAAGGACCCGGAUGCGCCCGUGGACUUCUUCUUGAACGGCGAGCCCAUUGUGCCCGAUGGUGAACACAUCGAGGUGGUGAACCUGGGCAAUGGCAAACAUCAGCUCAUCAUCAACAAGGCCGAAAUGGGAGACAAUGGAACUAUCACAGCCAAGACGCCCUCUAACCGAGGCGAUGAGAUCAUCGAGUCUAAGUCGCAAUUCACAGUGAUCAAGGGCGAAGAACCGCCCAAAAUGGGCGACGUGGCUCCCGUCACUGGGGUGGCCAAAAAACAAUGCAACAUGACCAUUCCUUACAAGGUCGAGGGCGAGAAGCAAUCCGACCUCGAGAUCUUUGUUGAGAAAGACGGCAAGCUUCUCAAGAUUGGCAAGGACAUCAAUCUCACCGUUCACGGGGAUCGCAUUCAAUUGGAUGUGAUCAAUCCCAAGAGGGAAAAGUCCGGUGUCUACAAGGUCGUCAUGAAGAACGCCCAAGGCCAAGACGAGCGUGACAUUAUGGUAAACAUCAUGGACGUGCCAACGCCACCCCAGACUGUUAAAGUCACUGACGUGUUCCAAGACAAUUGCGUGGUCAAUUGGUCUCCGCCCAGGGAUAACGGUGGCACCGAGAUCAAAAAGUACAUUGUGGAAGCUUUGGACGUCUCAGCUGGAACAGGGGCUUGGACUGAGGUGGCUCAGACUCCCGGAGGAAACGAUCGAGCCAUCAAGGUGGAACAUCUGAUUCCCAACCACAAGUACCGAUUCCGCGUAAGAGCCGCCAACAAGAUCGGGCCAUCAGAUCCUGCAGAGAUGGGUGGUGACGACAUUCUCAUGAGAGAUCCUUGGGAUAUUCCUGAUCCUUGUGGUCAACCAAAUAUAGACGAUUGGGGUCCAGAUUUCGCAGAGAUGACGUGGAAGCCCCCAGAGUCGGACGGUGGUGCUCCAAUCACUCACUACGUCAUUGAAGUGAAGGAGAAGAACAUGAACCAAUGGGUGGAAGGCAAGCACUUGUCCGCCAAAGAGGUUCAAGAGAUGGGUGGCAUGAUCAAAGGUCGGCAAGACGGCCUGGUCGAGGGCUGCGAAUACCAGUUCAGAAUCAGGGCUGUGAACAAGGGAGGACCCAGCGAACCGGGACCACCAUCCACUCCUAUGAUUGCCAAGACUCGAUUCUUGCCUCCUCACCUGAAGGGCGACGGAAUGUACGACAUCACCUUGAAGAAGGGUCGUCCCAUCCGAUACGACAUUUGGUUCGGCGGAGAGCCGGCUCCUUCCGUCGAAUGGCUCAGAGAGGGACGUACCCUCAUGUCAGACAAGGAUACGUCCAUCGAGCUCUAUUCGAAGAAUGCCAUCUACACCGAGAAGAACACGGUGCUAAGCAUCCCAAGGGCUGACCGCGUCCGAGACACAGGGUUAUACACUAUCAAAUUGACCUGCGAGGCUGGCACUUUUGAGGCCAGUGGUCGCGUGAACGUGUUGGAUGUGCCAACUAAGUGUCGCCGACUCGUUCCUGACGAGGUCCGCGCUGAGCAUAUCAAGUUGAGCUGGUUGCCGCCAGAGGACGACGGUGGCACCCCCAUCACCAAUUACUUGGUCCGAUACAUGGACAUUGACUCAGGGGAAUGGGUCACCGCUUGCACAACGGGUGGCACCAGCGCUGUUGCCAAGGGUUUAAAGCCGGGUCAUUUGUACCAAUUCGAAGUGUCUGCCAUCAACAAAGAGGGCCAAUCUGAGCCCAUCUUCACAGGAGACCCAAUUCUGGCAGAGAACCCCUACAAGCCACCAAGUCAGCCUGGAGAGCCCAAGAUCACCGACUUUGAUAACAAAUCAGUGACCUUGCGCUGGGAGAAGCCCAGGGAUGACGGAGGUCGUCCCAUUACACACUACGUCAUUCAGAAGAAGGACAAGUUUGGAGGCUGGUUUGACGCCUUGGUUACGGACAGUACCAAUUGCGAGGCCAAAAUUGACGAGCUGGAGGCUCGCGUGCCCGGUCUAAGUGAAGGCAAAUGGUAUCAAUUCCGUGUCAUUGCCGUCAAUAAAGCCGGAGAGUCCGAUCCCUCUCCCCACACCAAACCUCACCUUUGUCGACACAAGAACCUGUCACCAUCCAUUGACAAAGGCCAAGCAUCGUCCAAAAAAGUCAGGGUCAAGAGGACGGCGGUUUGGCAGAUCAAGUGCCGUGGCGAACCCCCUCCAACCUUCACCUGGACCCAUCCUCAUGACGGCGAAAUCCGGAAUAGCGAGAACUUCUCGAUCCUGCAUGACGAAUACCAAGGGGGGGCCACCACCACCUUGGUCAUCCACAAGUCUCGCGUCUCUGACGCAGGCACCUAUAUCCUCGAGGCGACCAACCGCAAUGGCAAGGAGAAGGUCGAGCUGGACCUUAUUGUCCUGGACAACAUCCCUGAAUGCGAGUGCGACAUGUAUAGGUCUGGAAACAAGCAAUGCUCAUGCACUCAUUCCUACACUGGUCCCGACGACGGCCUAAAGCGGCUCGUGGAGAUGCAAUUCGGAGAGAGUGUCUACUUUUAGUUACUAUCAUCAAUUCCAGCCAACGAAUGACCAAUAACCACCCAGACCCACACCACCAGCUGGAAUGUGUCUUCUGGCUGCUGCAGCUUCAACAACUACUACUAAGUUUUUGCUUCCUUCUGUGAUAGUAACACCCACCUUGAAUAAGAUUCUCCGGAUCACGACACCAUCGACCAAUCUCUCUCUCUCUUUCUCUCUCUCCUUUCCCUCCUUCCUCACUCUUACACUCACUGACUCCUCUCCGAUCCCAAAGAUAAGUGGGGUGGAUGGUUUGACGGGUGAGACCGGAUGAUGGCCUUGGGAAGGAGCACCUUUUCUCUCCUUCCUCUUUCCUACAUUAACCCUUUCCGCUUACGUUAUCUAUCCUAAACAAAACAACAACAACAAUAAUAAUAAUAAUAAUAAUGUAAGCAUCAUCAUCGCUUUGAUCGACAUCGAUUACAUAGAAGUCAUCAGCCAAUCGUCACCAUUAUCAUCAUCAAUAUCGCCUCUCCACUCCUUAAGAUACUGUAUCAAAAAAUCAUAAAUAUCGUUGUUUUCUUGUGGAAUAUCACCAUGCCUUUGAAGAAAAGUUAAGCUCAAUAUGGCUGUAUCUCCAAGCACCACUAACCUGAGAAAAAAAGAGGGCGGAGACUUGGCUCGCCCUGAUCCCUAUGUACAUACUAUUUGAUUGACCAAGCCGGGGCGUGCAAGUCUCCACUAUAUUAUUACCACUACUACUACUACAAUUAUUAACAAGCCACCCGUAUCAAUCCAACAAAUCACUAACGACCGGAAACAACUCUUCAAGAGUUGCAGAGUUCAAUAGAUGGAACUGCAUGAAUGAAGAAGACGGAGCUCUACUCUUUGAAUAGACUGUCUAUCCACCCCGCCAGCUCUCAAGCCCAACCCAAUCAAUCAGUCCAGCAACCCCUUGUUAUUCAUACAACAUAUGUAAUACUGUUAAAAUCACACAACAAUAACUUGCCACUUGGUCACAUAAAGAUGCUGUUUUGUAAUGCAAUGGGAUAAUUUUGUGUCUUGAUCCAUAUGUGUGUGUGUAUAAGAUUCCAAAAAGGUGCUCUCUCGUUCCUUCUCUCUUUGUCUUUGCCUAGAUCGAGCAACAAGGGGAAAUCUGAUUCAUUGUCUUCCAAAUUGGCAGCAAAAACAAAAGCUCUGAUCCUCCACAUGCUCUAACCUUCAAAACGAUUGUCACAAGUGCCAAUUUUUCACUACAAAUAAUCUAAAUGUUAUCGACUGGGAGACAAAUCGAGAGUUGAACAUUUGCUGACGCUGCCUAUGUACUCUUACCCUGUAAAUUCUUUGUUCAAUAAGCUACUCCAUUGCUUCACUGUGGAUUCUUCUGUAACAUGCCAACAUCCAUCAAUAUAAAAUAAUCUCUCCUCAUGCUUUCUUUCCUGAACAUCAAUGACAUCCUUUUUUGGAAUAAAAUCCUUUCUAGAGAAAAAACUCCAAA